AUGCACAUUAACGUAGAACUGAUGGAAUGUGUUUAUCUUAUUUGUUCAAUGUUGCUGGAAAUUCCUCAUAUGGCUAGCUGCGAAUUUGAAAUGCGCCGACGAUUGCUUAGUCGAAGUUUCCAUUAUCAGUUGAAGCAAAGUGAGAAGUCAUCGCUUAUCGGUCCUCCUGAAAACACUCGGGAGCACGUUGUUGCUGCUUCUCGUGCAAUGCUUGCUGGUGACUGGAAAAAAUGCCGCGAUUACAUAGUCAACGAUAAAAUGAAUCAAAAGGUGUGGAAUCUGUUCCGAAAUUCAGAAAGAGUAAAAGAAAUGGUAGUCAAGCGAAUUCAGACAGAAUCACUGAGAACAUAUCUGCUUAUGUACUCUACAGUCUAUACUACAGUAUCACUCGAGAAACUGGCUACGUUAUUCGAGUUGGACAAGAAGCAAGUUCACAGCGUUAUCAGCAAGAUGAUCAUUCAAGAAGAGCUCUCUGCAACGCUUGAUGAGCCUACUGAUUGUCUGAUGAUGCACCGUGUAGAACCGUCACGCCUUCAGAUGAUUGCCCUCAACUUUACUGAUAAGUUACAACAAUUAGCAGAUAACAAUGAACAGAUUCUGGAACCUCGCACUGGAAGAGCCGGUUACGCUGGCCCAGGCCAGUGGUUCCCGGGCCGCAGCGAUCGCCAGGGUGAUAAACAGAAAGGUGAUCGCGGUGGUGUUUUCCAGGUAUGCAUUAUCUUUGAUAACUUGGUGGUACUUUAUACUUAG